GCUAAGGCCGGUUCCUAUUCUCCUUACUCGAACUUUCGAGUUGGGGCAGCCCUCCUCGCUCCCGGUGGAGUGAUCAUCAAAGGUGCCAACAUCGAGAAUUCCUCGUAUGGAGGUACGAUCUGCGCGGAACGGACAGCGAUGGUCAAAGCAGCUAGCGAGAACAUCAGAGAGUUUGUGGCCCUCGCUGUAACGUCCGAUGUCGCCUCGCCUGUCUCUCCAUGUGGUAUUUGCCGUCAGUUCGUGCGCGAGUUUUGCGCGCUCGAGAUGCCUGUAUUGCUCAUUCCGGCAAACUAUGGUAAUUACGGAGAUGGAAAGGGCGAGAUCUUGGAAACAACGUUGGGGGAUCUGCUUCCCCACAGCUUUGGACCGGCUGAGCUGAAGUUGCCGAGGAUAUAG